CUCACAAACAUAAUGACUUCAAUUUGUUGAGCAGAAACAUUGUUGAUUGCUGCUGCUCGUCUAGCAAAACAUGAUGUGAUCGGUCGCUUAUCAAUUCCCCGUGAGCUAAGCCUGAAUCCUGCAGCUGCUAUACGCAAGUUGACUCAUCGGAGGCCCGGUUAUCUCCCCGGCGAUAACAACGAGCUUCAUCCAUCCCCAUCCCCAUCCGCCAUUUCAAUAUCAACACACAUCGCUCGCUACGCCGGGAAAGCGCGGGUUACACAACCCCUCCUUCCUUUCGCACAAUGGAUUUCAAACUAGAUCUGGAGUCGUCGCGCGGCUACGCAACCUCAGCUGCGAAGCCAAAACCUCACUCUUCUCUGGCGCGCAACAUGGGACGCGUGCUUCUGACCUUUGUUCUUGCGUGCUUUUUGGUCACAUUGACUAAUGCGCGCCGAUGCACUCACCCACAACCCGCACAGUCGCGAGUGGACAAAAUUCUGUCGGAGACCCCGUUGAUAGACGGCCACGAUGAUCUACCCAUCUUCAUCCGCGAAUUUUUCGGAAAUCACAUCUACAGCGAUGAUUUCAAAAUCCCCUUCACUGAGGGCAAUUUGCUGGGGCAUGUCGAUCUGCCACGCCUCGCUGAGGGCAAAGUAGGCGGCACCUUCUGGAGUGUCUUUGUGGAGUGUCCGAAGAAUUGGAGCGAUUUCUCCGACGCAACCUAUGCAACGAGUGUCCGCCAGACUAUCGAACAGGUAGAUGUCAUGCUGCGCCUGCAACAAGCCUACCCCGAUGUCUUUUCUGAGCCACCCAAUGGGACGACUGCCCUUCAAGCCUCCAAGGAAGGAAAGAUCAUUUCCCCGCUUGGGAUGGAGGGCCUUCAUUCGAUCGGAAACUCCCUAGCUCACUUGCGAAACUUCUAUGAUCGCGGCGUGGCAUAUGCAACUCUCACACAUAACUGCCACAAUCGCUAUGCUGAUGCAGCGCUUGUCGAAAUACCCGGCGGCAUCAAGAAGGCAGACCCGGUCUGGCACGGAGUGAGCGAGGCCGGUAAGGAUCUUGUCUUCGAGAUGAACAGGCUUGGCAUGAUAGUCGACUUGUCUCACGUUAGUGUGGACACUAUGCGGGACGUCUUGGGCGCUGGAAAAGAUGAUUGGGCUGGUAGCCGUGCUCCUGUGAUGUUCAGUCACAGCUCCGCGUACGCAGUCUGCCCCCAUCCCCGCAACGUCCCUGACGAUGUUCUGGAGCUGGUCAAAAAGCGUAACUCGAUUGUGAUGGUCAACUUCUCCCCAGACUUUAUUUCGUGUACUGCUUCCGACGAUCCGAACGACCUGCCUAAGCUUGAUCCAGAGAAUGCAACUCUGGAGCACGUAGUGGACCACAUAAUGUACAUCGGAAACCUGAUUGGAUUCGAUCAUGUUGGAUUGGGAAGCGAUUUUGACGGUAUCCCUACUGUUCCGCGUGGACUCGAGGACGUGUCCAAAUAUCCGGACCUGAUCGCUGAGCUGCUGAAACGCGGAGUUAGUGACGAGGAUGCAGGCAAAGUUGCUGGUGGGAACUUGCUGCGGGUGUGGAGAGAUGUUGAUCAGGUUGCCCUCCAGAUGCAGGCUGAGGGUGCGCUUCCGGUUGAGGAUGAGUUGUCCUGACUUGGUGCGCAUAAUGCGGGCCUCUGAGACUAGUAUCACUGCUCAAACAUUCUUUUACGUAGAGAAAACCGGGAAAUAGCCAU